AUGUACCGAUCCCCAAGCUGGAGCCGUGUGACUGAGGAUUACUCAGUACCUUGGUCUGCGCCAAAGGGAUUAUGGAAAGGCCUAGACGAAGACGAGCCGACUACAUACGAUCCUACGAGCCAGGAGGUGACAAAGAAAGAGAAGUCACGAACCAAGUUUGCUGAAAACGCUGUUCACAUAAUCCCGUUUGUCCUUCUCGCUUGUGCUCUCGUCCUUUGGUUUUUCUCUAAUUCAAAUAUGGAUGUUGGAAUUAAAGAGGAAUCGAUUGCGGCUAGGAUCAAAGGAUUAACGAUUGAAGGAGACAUUGACAUUUAUUAA